AUGAUAGAAAAGUCCAAUAACCCGUUCCUGAGCAUCGACCCGAUUGUGGACCGAGGGAAGGCGGAGGGAGAGGAGCUACCUCUGAUCAGUUCGAAGGCGAAGCGUCAUGUAGACUUUACGCAGAUAGUGGUAUACUUGGUUGGGCUGUCCGAUGGCCUAACCCAUCUAGCAUCACUGGCCAUAUAUUACUUGUUCAAGGAUUACUUUCGUCUAACACCCUACCAAGUGUCUCUCAUAUUGAUGUACCCCUACAUCCCAUUCAUCUUAAAGCCAGCCAUAGCGCUCUUGACAGAUUCGGUUUCUAUUUUUGGAAUGAGAAGGAAGCCCUACCUCUUCCUUUUCAGUCUAUUCCAGUCCUUAAAUUUUUUGGCUUUAGCAUUUCUACAGCUGUCCGUAUUUCAAGCUACUCUCAUCCUCUUUUUUAUUUCCCUAUGUGCCUCAUUCUGCACGACAGUAGCGGAAGCCUUAGUAGUGGAGAGUUCUAUUGGAAAAACGUAUUCCCAAGGAACAAACAAAGUGACAGAAUUCAUAGCGUCCAAAGCGAUAGGUAGUCUUUCAGUAGCUUAUUUUUCAGGAUACCUUCUGGAGAAAAUAUCAAGGGAAUAUAUUUUUAUGGCAACGUCUCUCUUUCCUCUCAUCAUUUCAAUAUCGUGUCUCUUUCUCAAGGAAAAGGAAUAUACAUCAGAUAAAGGUAUACUUAGACAACUGCAGGAUUUGAUCAAAUUCGUUAAUACACCAAUUUUUUUGGGACCAUUUCUUUACAUUUUUGUGUAUAUGUCAGGACCCGAUUAUGAUGAUGCUUUUUUUUUCUUCUGUACAAAUAAAUUGGGAUUCAGACCAUCUUUCAUGGGGACGUUAAGACUUACCUAUGGAAUUGCUUCUCUCAUAGGUAUUAUCAUAUAUCGCUUGUUUUUGAAGAACCAAGGGUUGAAAAAGACACUCAUUUUAACCACACUGAUAUCCUUUCCUAUUUAUAUAUCACCUAUUGUACUGACGGAGAAAAUAAAUACUUAUUUUGGUAUUUCUAAUGAAUUAUUUGUCCUCAGUGGAGGCUUCUUAAUCGAAGCAAUUACAGAAAUACAGCUGUUGCCUCUCUUCAUUUUAACUGCAAAUAUAUGUCAGCCUGGAUUGGAGGCCAGUGUUUUCGCUACCAUUUUGAGUGUUAAGAAUUUAGGGUCUCUAACCAAAAAGGGAACGUCUUCAUUUUUGACUUACCUCCUAAGAAUCGACAGCUAUAAUUUUGAUAAUCUCAGUUUGUAUAUUUUUAUUUGUGGAUUUUUUCUCCUUUUUUCCCUCACUCUUGUUCCUCUGCUGCCCGAGGAGGAGAAGAUCGACAAGCUCAAGAACAGGCACGCUCCGCAGCUGCACUC